AUGGCAGUACAGGCUGCUGAUGCUUGCAAAUGGAAACCAUCCAACUUUAAUAUUUCUGUAGAUAGAUUGCUUUUGCAAGCUACUGAGACUCACAAAAGAAUGCAUCAAGAACCAUCUAACCUGCCAGAUACUGCAGUCAGUACUUCAAUGGACACGGCAUAUAUGCUGGGAUUGCCUAUUGAAGUGUUGUGCAUGGUGUUGAAACAACUGCUUGUCUUGGACCUUGUUCGAGCAUCGCAUGUAUGCAAACGAUGGAGAAGAGUUUUGAUGGACAAUCCCACUCUCUGGUCUAAACUGGACUGUUCCUUCUUGGCUUCGUCCAGGUCAAAACUCAGAAUAUCUAACCAGAUGCUGGAAUGGCUUGCUCGCAGGAGCAGACAGACUCUACAGUUGCUGAUUGUUCCAGAAUGCAGUCGUUUGACUGCUACAAGUUUGGCUCCGUUCCGUUCUUACAGACUGGCUGGUCUUUCCACUAUUGUCCUGACAAACAACUCAAAGAUAUCUGGCUCUACGCUUGUGGAUUUGGCUCGAUCCGCUCCAAAUCUGGCAUCGCUGACACUCGAUACUAUGCGUCAGUUGGACUCUCUUUCUUUACGAAUCUUGUUAAUUCGCUGUAUUCAUCUUAAAGAAUUGUACAUUACAAACUGCACUGCCGUCACUUCAAGCGCAUUCACUCAUUUGGAAAAGAUGCAGUGCAGUUUGGUCAAGCUCGGAUUGGCUGGUUGCUCCAUUUCUGAUUCAGUAAUUGAAUACCUGGCUGGAUUCUGGUGUCAAUCCCUCAUUGCCAUCGACUUGUCUCGUUGUCGUCUACUCACUCGCCAUACAUUACUGCAUCUUGCAUUAUUUAAGCGGCUUGAAUCUGUCAAGAUAGACUCGCUGAAUCUGUCGUUGCCUAAAAACUUGUCAAUCCAAGACUCGUUUCUCAUUUUUGCUGAAGGCUGCUCUUCUUUAUCAACUUUAAGUAUGCGCGACUGUCCAGAACUCACAUCACAGUGCAUCUUGUACAUCUUGCAGUUAUGUGAUUCUCUCUCCACUCUUCACAUUCCUGGAAGUGCUCAAAUUAAUGACCAAGUUUUACUUUUCAUGAUCAUGGACGGCGUAUGCGAUCGCAUCGUUGAUUUAAAUAUCUCUCAGUGUCCACGACUCACUUCGUCUGCAUUAUUGCCAUUUGCAUCUAAACUAGGUCAUAUUAAACGGUUUAUAGCUUCAAGCUGUCCUGGUAUAACAGACAAUAUUGUGCAAGCGGUUUUAUCUGCAUCUAAAGCACUAGAGUACUUGGAUAUUUCACUUUGUCCAAAUGUUCGCGGUUCGGGAUUGCAUGAAGGAAUACAGGCCUAUUUAAACAAUCACCCGUCUUCUAAAAGUAGUGGAUUAAUGCUGAAUGUAUCGUCUAAUCCACAGAUUAGAGUAGAAACAAUCACAUACUUGAAGAAUGUUCUUGGCGAAGCAAAUGUUGCUAGUCAUAUUGGAUAG